AGUAUCCUCUUGAUAGCCUACAGUUUUCCGCUUCCGGUUGGCAGUUGGCAGAUUGAAAAAUGAAAAUGGCGGCACCCAUGAGGACAAAGUUCUGAGAGUGGUACCGCCAACUCAAACUUUCUUCUUCGUCUCUCCCAUUUUAUGCAAAGGUUUGACCGCUGCGUUUUCUUGAACAUUACAAAGGAGUCUUGUCUAAUUCAUCAUGGUUUCAUUGCUGAGCCCAGGGUUACCCCCACUGUCCCUGCAAGACAUUUUGGAUAAUGCUGGGCGAUUGGUGGACAGACACCUGCAGGAGGACUCCUUGUACUUGGACCUUGUGAACCUCUUGAACAUCCCAGCUGAAAACCAGCCCAGUUUGAGUGGUCUUCAUGACCAUGACUAUCCCAGUCUACCUGAAGUUGGAGUGGGCUUAGAAGCCCUGUCAGAGCUUUUGGUGGAAAAAAGAGUUCCUUUGCCACCUGAACUUGUGGAGCAGUUUGGACGCAUGCAGUGCAAUUGUAUGAUGGGCUUGUUCCCAGAGAUUGAAAGAGCCUGGCUGACCAUUGACAGUGACAUCUUUGUUUGGAAAUAUGAAGAUGGGUCUGAUCUGGCGUACUUUGAUGGCCUCAGUGAAACUAUAUUGAGCGCAGCCCUUGUGAAGCCUAAACCAGGAAUAUUUCAACCUCAUAUACAGUACUUGAUGUGCCUUGCAACACCCGUAGACAUAAUUCUUUUAGGAGUCAGCUUCUACAGAUCGCAGGAUGGUGGAAGUGGAGACUUUUUAGGUGAGGAGAUGCAUCUUCUCCCUGACCCUCCGUUCUCUAUUCCGACUGAUGGAGUGUACAUCACAAGUAUUGUUGGAGCAGAUAAUGGGAGGAUCUUUAUGGCUGGGAAAGAUGGCUGUCUCUACGAAAUGAUUUACCAGGCAGAAAAUGGUUGGUUCAGCCGCAAGUGUCGUAAAGUGAAUCACUCCACCAGCUCCUUGUCCUUCCUCAUUCCUUCCUUCUUGAAUUUUUCAUUCAGUGAAGACGACCCACUUGUACAGAUCAGCAUUGACAACUCCAGAGGCAUCCUCUACGCUAGGACACAGAAGGGAACCAUCCAGGUGUUUGACCUGGGUGAAGACAGCAAAGGGAUGGGAAGAAUAGCAUCCCAGUCACAGGCCAGCAUCAUGAGCGUUGCUGGGAACGUUGCCAGAAACAUUGAGAAGUCUCACUUCAAGUCGAUUGUGUACAUAGCAGCUGUGGCAGAGUCUGAAUCAGAGGCAGUCAACUUGGUGGCAGUGACAGAGUCAGGUGUACGGCUGUACUUUACCACUGCUCCCUUCAAGCAGUCCUCUCGCCGACCUAGUACCCUGUCUCUGGUCCACGUGCGGCUACCACCAGGAUUCUCCGCCACUUCCACUCCCCAGCCCGCUAAUGUUCACACAGCUUUCCACAGUAAAGGCACACUGCUCCUUGUGGCCAGCCAAGCCAAGGACAAUGACUUGUUGUGGACCAUCAGCUCAGACUCUUUUCCUUUUCACAAGCAGCUCAUGGAAGCUCAUACAACCCUGCCUGUUGGAGGCAAGACUUGGGCCAUUGACGAGGUUACGUUUCGGUCGCAGCCACAGAGACAGCUGACGGUUGGCGGGAAGCGGUCGCCCAUCGAGCCGCCCAGCGUGGUCACCCAGCAUGCACUCCCCCCUCGUCGCUUUGUCAUCCUCAGCGCUCAGGGUGUUCACAUCCUCCAGAAGCUGAGGCCUGUGGAACAGCUAAAAAUGCUGAUGAUCGAGUGUGGAGGCCCAGAUGCUGAGCAAGUGAAGGCUUUCUUUAGACUGCACAAGAUUGACCAAGCUUGUGCCACAUGUCUAGUUUUAGCGUGUUCUAGAUCAACAGCUGACCAAGAGGUGUGUGAUUGGGCAAGAAUGGCAUUUUUCAUGUAUGGAGGAGAGGCCCAGUACAAUUUCUCAGGGAUUCGACCCCCAGGUUUACACAACACAUCUUUUGGUGCAGGACCCGGUGGUCUGUCCAGCACUGUCAUGUACAGUCCAGGCUCAAUGGGCACCUCCCUCAUGCCAGGCUCCCCAGUCCACAAUGCCCCGCCCCUCCACAUGUCAACUCCAGCACCAGGCAUGCUGGCUCAGAUGCCUCAGACCAUGGGCCAGGGUUCGAGCCCCGGCCAGGAUGUCAUGUACUCCGGCAAGCACAACGGCAUCUACAUUUGCCUGAGCCGAAUCCUUCGACCGUUCUGGGACUUCCCGGUCUGCACAGAGUUUGUGUGCGCCACUAAGCAGGGCACUGUUACUUACCUGACCAGCACAUUCAACACAGAGGAGUUGUGCGUAGCUCUGAAGCUGGUCAGGGACCUCUCUGACUUUGUGGACUUCAACUCCAAGUUUGAUCUGGAUUCACAGGCAGACACUAUGAAUAUGGGACGAGGUGGGCGGUUUGACGGAGGGAUGGACGAACACACAAGGAAGUGUCUCCAGGCAGAGGUACAGCGGAUGGAGAAGAUCUCGCUGCAACACGUUCAGGAGCUGCUGCAUCGCGUGGAGGAAGUGCUGGGCCUCUGGAGGGUGCUCAUUGACCACCAGUUCCACACACUGGCCGCCACCAUGACACAGGAAUUACAGAAUCAGCUGAGAGCUAUGACACUCAAGACUCUUGUGAUUGGAGGAAAAGAGAUGUGCAAUACCUUGGUGAACUGUUUAAUAAGUCGCUAUCUGGAUGACAACGCUACUGUGGAUGCUAUCAGUGCCAAACUGAGAGAGGUGUGCCCCAACCUGUACAGUACUGAUGAUGCCACUUGCUCAAAGUCCAACGAGUUGCUGCAGGCUGCGAAGGUGAACCAGAACAUGUUGGAGAAACAGCACCAGCUCCAGGAAGCCCUGAGUCGGCUGAAGGCCGUGAACCAGCCCCUGAACCUGUCGGUCAUCUGCUCCCAGCUGGCCAGCGUCCACUUUUACCUGGGCAUUGUGGAGCUGGGCUUGAACGAGGCCCGUAAGGUGGACCCUCAGCAGCUGGCCAUCCACUUCUACCAGAACGGAGAACCCCAGGAGGACAUCCAGGGCAUGCAGGGAUACCUGGCCAGAAUGGAGUGCUACAAGUGCAUCACAGACACACUGAGCUACCUGUGGUCAGCCAGCGUGAGCCACCCCCAGGCCCCAAGCGUCCCCUCCCAGCCCGGACCCCCGGCCACAGCAGACAGCAGGCUCAUGGACCCACAGCAGGCAGAAGUUUACAAAGAGGAAGUGUUCCAGGCAGCUCUUAGAUGUGAGGACCCCCUUUUUCACGCAGCCCUGUACGACUGGCUUUUUGCCACCAACCAUGCAGAGAAAUUGCUGGAGGUGAAUACUCCGUAUGUAGAGCAGUACUUGCGUCGGAAAGUGAACCUCCAGACUGACAACACCAGUGCCCUGGACAUGCUGUGGAAACAUUACGAAAAGACAGAAAAUUUCCCUGCAGCGACUCGUAUCUUGGCUCAGCUGGCUGAAAGGCAGGGGUCUAACAUCAACCUAACCCAGAGGUUGGAGUAUCUGUCCCGAGCUGUGAUCUGCGCCAAAAGCUCCACCUCCAGGCUGGGCACCUCGGCCUCCGGCGAGUUCCUGCAUGAGCUGGAGGAAAAGAUGGAAGUUGCUCGCCUGCAGAUGCAAGUGUACAAGUGUCUGUCAAAUAUGAGGAACUCUCAUGAUGUGGAGGCUGCAAAGAACCGUCUGGAUUCAGAACUAUUGGAUAUUACCUCUCUGUAUGAAGAUUUUGCUGACCGGUUUGACCUUCAUGAAGUGAAGCUGGCCAUUGUGCAUUGCGCUGGGCUCUAUGACGCAGCUCUCAUUGAGAACUUGUGGCAGAAUAUUAUUUGCAAAGAGAUUGGCAACACAGCACAGAUGCCCCAGGGUGACCGGAUCACCAGUGUCAGCAACAGACUGUGUGCCAUAGCCAAGUUGUACAUCAACGCGGAAAGAUAUUUCCCUGUUGCUCUGAUCCUGCGCUACAUGGAGCAGAAGUCUUGUGAGCUGGGCCUGGACCACCGCUGGGUCUUCCUGCUGCUGCUGGAGGUGGGCGUGGCCCCGGCCAGGCUCCUCGAGCUCUAUGACAGGCUCUACAAGUCCAAGGACAUCAUCUGGCAGAACCACCACAAACCCCUGCAUGUCCUCACCGUGCUGCAAGCGUUCAUCGACCACCUGGCCAACAAACCAAGCUACAUCCCAGCCUCGGACCGCCGGCGUCUGGUCAUGACCUGCCUGGACUCUGUGGCCAGCUACCUGGUGGAGCUGCAGGCCAUCAGCAGCACUGACCCCCAGGUGCGAUCGCUGACCGCAAGCUUCAAGGUUACGCAAGCCAAGCUGGAUAGAUUGUGAGAGUGGUGUGGGAAAAUGUUGGAAGAUGUGUGUGUGUAUCUAUGGGUCUGUGUGUGAGUGUGUGUAUCUGUGUGGGUGUGGUGUGUAUGUAUCUGUGUGUGCGUGUGUGUGUGUGAUGACUAACCACCACUUCAAUGCCAUACGAGCUUGAGGGUAUUAUUGAAAGUUGUGUUGUGGGUAGUUGUGAUAAGUAUGAAAAGUCUGUGUGUAUGUGCAGUGGGUAUAUAUAUAUGUAUGUGUGUGAAAGUGAAUAUCUGCAAAUGAAUAUCUGUGAAAUGGAAAAUGCCCAUUACCUGACCACCCUGGGUGUGUAAAAAAAAAAGA